GCUCUCCGCCCCGCACACCUGUGCUCCGCCCCUUGGUCCCGGGCCCGCGACGCGUGAAGGCAUUUGGGAACCCGGGACAGUUUCAGAGGCGCCCCCCUAUCCCCUCCAUUUCCCAGGCAGGCUCCCAACCGGUCCACAUCCUCUGCCAUCCUUCCCUCCCCCCGUCUGCCGCGGCACCGGUAUCCGCAGCCACCAGCCCGGAGCCGGUGAGGCGGCAAAGGGGGGAGGGGGAGGAAGCAAGGGAUGAGCUCCGGGAGGGCAUCGGGGGCCCUGAGCCGGACGAGGACGCCCCUGGAACCGGGACCCGAGCCAGAGCCGGAGCCGGAGACAGAACCAAACCACCGGUACCGGCUGCAGCCCACUAAACCCAGGAGGCGCCCUGGCCCGCGCUCGUCCCCCAGGGCCUCAUGUCGGAACCACAGCCUGGCCUGGAGCCACCCCAACAUGGGCUGUACAUGCUCUUCCUGCUUGUGCUGGUCUUCUUCCUCAUGGGCCUUGUAGGCUUCAUGAUCUGCCACGUGCUCAAGAAGAAAGGCUACCGCUGCCGCACGUCUAGGGGCUCAGAGCCCGAUGAUGCCCAGCUCCAGCCCCCUGAAGACGAUGACGUGAAUGAGGACACAGUAGAAAGGAUUGUUCGCUGUAUCAUCCAAAAUGAAGCCAAUGCUGAGGCCUUGAAGGAGAUGCUAGGGGACAGCGAAGGAGAAGGGACGGUACAGCUCUCCAGCGUGGAUGCCACCUCCAGCCUGCAGGAUGGAGCUCCUUCCCAUCAUCACACAGUGCAUCUUGGCUCUGCAGCUCCUUGCAUCCACUGUAGCCGCAACAAGAGGCCCCCACUUGUCCGUCAGGGUCGCUCUAAGGAAGGAAAAGGUCGCCCCAGGCCUGGAGAGACCACUGUAUUCUCAGUGGGCAGAUUCCGAGUGACACACAUUGAGAAGCGCUAUGGCCUACAUGAACAUCGUGAUGGUUCUCCUACAGACAGAAGCUGGGGCUCUGGUGGGGGGCAGGAACCAGGGGCCGGUCAGGUGGCUGCAGGAGGGCAGCCUAGGACAGGGACAACUGCUACUGAAAGGCUGCUCCCUGAGGCACCACCCUCCCAGGCUGUAGCCACCCACCCAGUGCAGAACGGAGGACUCAAGGAUGACAGCCUAGUCCCUUGUACACUUGAGGGAGCCCCUGGAACCUCUGCAGAACUGAACUUGGGCACUAGAGGAAGAGGCCCAAGUCCAGAGCUGCUUAGUCAAGAGGCAAAUGGACAGCCAACCAAACUGGACACCUCAGGUCAGCAGGAGUCUCUACCAUCAGACGCAGGGGGUAUAUGAGGCGAGUCUCCCUGAGCUCGAGAUCAGCCUCAGUCUUCACUGUGCUGAUGGAUACCAGCAGGCAUUGCCAGGGUAUGGGUAGCCAUGAAGGCUCUGCCCUCCACUGGACAGCACUGCUCCUCAGUUGAGGGACCAGCUCUACUUCUAUCCGGAGUUACAUGGUCCCAGGCUGAGGGACCUCAGGAGGAGCCGCUCCCAAUUCUCAACCCCUCAUUCUUUUUCCUUUCCCUACUUGCCAAUGGGUUGCCUGGCCUGCCUUCCCCAAAAUCUCGCUCCACAUGCAAGAGCGUGGCAGCUGGGACCAGGCCCUACCCGUGGUGGGCCCCUAAAGCAAUAGCACCUUAGGCCCCCUGCCCUCUUGGCACAAGAGGCCCAGGCCCUGGCUUGGACUUCACGCCCUUUAUUCACUGUCAAUAAAUCCGCUCAGACCA